AACUUCCUAGUUGAUGGAGAUGGAUUAUUAAAACAACACCGUUCUGUAAUAUUGUAAUGUGUCAGGCGCUGUUCGUUUUUCACAUUGGGAUUGUAUUUCUUUGCAUAGUUCCUCAUACCAGAGGAGAGCAAACUCGUGUUUAUUCAACAAACGAAGAAUAUGAGUGGUUUGAAGCAAAGAACAAGUGCACACUGCUUACAAAUGAAAGAAACUUUUCUACUUCCACGACAAGGCUGGGAUGGACGAACUUUUCCGCGAAAUACUUGCCAUGGGUAGAGUAUUUAGGCUGCUUCGAAUUCCGGGAUGUAGAAAGAUUUUAUGGCCUCAAAAAACAAGUUAAAAAAGGAGAGCAGCUUCAAGAAUGUAUUGUAUAUUGCAAUGGAUCUCAAUUCUUUGGUUUACAGGAAUCAAACUGUACAUGUCUACAUAAUAACAAUCGAACAGAUCUAUAUGACUAUGUUAAGAAGCCGUGCGAUGUGGCAACAUGUUCCGGAGAUCCCUUUGCCUUUUGUGCGGUAGGCGGUAGAAUGAUCCUGUCUGUUUAUCAAAAAGUUAUCAUUGAUACCAAUCCUAAAUACAAAAAGGACAACAUCGGAAACUGUUUGGAAUAUAAAAAAAGUAAUGGGAAUUUCAAAGCAAAUAAAUGUUCAACAAAAUUGUAUCCAAUAUGUUUCAAUGAUAAGGAAAACAUUUUGAAAAUAGGAAAUAAAACUGAAUCUAACUGGAAAGAUGCCUUUAACAACUGUCCAUUCCAGUACCUGGCUAGCUAUAGAACAGUAGUAGCCAAAGGCAGUGCAUUUCAUCGCGAUGCAACAUUUUGGCUUUCUAAUACAAGGCGAUGGCAACGAAUAAAGGAAUAUACAAAAAGACCUUAUUUUUGUGUUGCUGCCAAAAUAAAACAAAAUGGUGUUGUAGAAACAAUUCUGCGCAAAUGUAGAGACAAACUACCAGGGCUAUGUACUGGAAUUCGAAAGGCUUCAUCCGGGGCUUCAUCAGUAACGUCUUCUACACUGUCACAAAAUACAAAACAUUUGAGUCGACGUAUACAUACUUCUCCAUUUCUUCAAAGUAGUACAUUGCCAGGUCCAACAAUAGCAGCGUUCUCUCGCCUACCAAAAAGUACAAUCGUAUCUAUAGUUGAAUCUACGACAUCAUUAGCUCUGCAGGAAACAACACUCUAUGGUAUGCAGGAAACCCUAUUUCCGCGAUUGCAGAAAACAUUAUCUCCAGGAUUUCAGGAAACAAAAUCUCCAGGAUUUCUAGAAACUACAUCUUCAGCUCUACUUGAAUCUUCUACGGCUGUUCCGGGGUCAGACGGUGUAAUAGUUAUUAUUGCUAUAAUAGCUGCAGUAAUCCUGACAAUCAUCGUUAUAUCAGUAACUGUUGUCUUUUGUAAAAGAAAGAGAACCACACAAUUUACAGUAUCAGACCAACCAAUGGCUAAUGUCGGAAAAGAAGUAGUUUAUGCACAAGUAAACAAGCCGACCGUUAAACGUGAAAAAAGCAUGUCAAGCCAAAGAUCUCAACCAGCUGCGUCCGACGAUACAUACGACCACAUGGACCAUUGUCGACUUAGUCAGACCCACAAUCCUACAGAAAGCAACUAUGACACCAUGCGCAGUAUUGCGAAUGCAGGUGAAGAGGAAAACAACUAUGAUCAUGUUACUGGAACAAAGAUGGAACCUGAACGAUUUGUAGUUGAUGGUGCCUCAAAUUACAGUCAUGUUGAAGUGGAAUUCCAUGAGGUUAAAGACAUAUAGUUGGAUUAAAUUAAAUCAGUAACAUCAUUUUUUUUAUUUUGAACUCAUAUGUUUUCAAAAAUAAAAUUGAUAAACGUGAAUCAAAUAACUAAAA